UAUUAUGUAAAGCUGUUGUGUAAGGGACAAUGCAAGCAUUGGCAUUUCCCUCUUUGGACCGGUAAGAAUUUGCUGAAACACUCUGAACAAUUUCCAGGAAUAAUGAAGCCCAUCAUCUACCUCUUCUUCCUGAUUGGUCUUCAUGUCCAUUGCCAUCAUCUCCCAGGACAUCACAAUGAUCAGGAGACAGAUGAAAAUCCAGCAGAACAUCAACAUCCACCCUUGGAGGAAGAGCAAGGCAAUAAUAUUGCAAAGUGCCAUAAGAUCGCCCCUAGCAAUACUGACUUUGCAUUCAGAUUAUAUAGGCUAAUCGCUUCUGAUGGGGCUGGAAGAAAUGUGUUUUUUUCUCCGGUGAGCAUGUCCACUGCCAUGGCGAUGCUCAGCCUUGGUGCUAAAUCAGAGACCCUGUCUCAGAUUCAUAAAGGACUUGCUUUUAACUUGUUAGAGAUUGAAGAGAAGGAGAUACACGAAGGCUUCCACCAUCUCAUCCAUAUACUUAACCGGCCAAACAACAAAGCAGUGGUCAACAUAGGGAAUGCCUUGUUCAUAGAAGAAUCCUUAAAACUUCUGCCUAAGUUUUUAGAGGAUGCCAAAACCCUCUACGAAUCUGAAGCCUUCUCUUCCAACUUUCAGAACACUGCAAUUGCUGAAAAACAGAUAAAUGAUUAUGUAAAGAACAAGACCCAUGGGAAAAUAUCCCAAGCAGUUGAUGAUCUGAAUCCAAGUACUGUAAUGGUUCUGCUUAACUACAUCUUCUUUAAAGGAUUCUGGGAACGCCCUUUCAACACUCUAUCAAUCAUGGAAGAAGAUUUUUUUGUAAAUGCCAGCACAACUGUGAAAGUCAAUCUGAUGUACAAAGGGUCCUAUUACAAAUAUCUCCAUGAUGAUGACCUGUUUUGCUCAGUGGUGGAAAUCCCAUACAAAGGAGAUGCUUCAGCGCUCUUCAUUCUUCCAGAUGAAGGGAAAAUGCAGCAAGUGGAGGAUAGAUUGGGAAAAGGACAUCUGUCCAAAUGGGCAAAGACCUUGGAAUACCAAGAAAUAGAGCUGUAUAUUCCAAAAUUUUCAAUGUCUACAUCCUAUGAUGUCACAAGCUUCCUCCAGACAAUGGGUGUGAAAAAUGUCUUUGGUGGCAAUGCUGAUCUGUCUGGAAUUGUUGAAGAAGGCAACCUGGAGGUUUCUAGAGUUAUCCAUAAAGCGGUGGUGGAUGUUCAUGAGAAUGGUACUGAGGCAGCAGCUGUUACUGUGAUAGAGAUUCAGUACAUGUCUUUUCAGAUUCGUCCUCCUCUACCUGUCUUCAAAUGCAACAGACCUUUCCUGUUUCUCAUUUUUGAAAAGAUAACAAACAGCAUCCUCUUCUUUGGGAAAGUCAUGAACCCAAACGAAAAAUGAAUACCAAGCAAACAGACAACCUUUCCGAAAUAUUCUCCCACUGAAUGUAUAUAUGCCUUCCAUUAGAAUGUGUUUCUGCUGAAAACAUCUUAGUUCUCACAGUGCCAUGAUACAUGAGCAAGAUAAUCGUUUGUGUUUGGGUUUAAUUAGGUAGUCCCAACCAUAGCAAACCAGCUGAAGCAAUAGGUGAAUGGCUAGUCAACAUACAGGUAGACUCAAUUGAUUUUGCCUAAAUAACAUUUUUGCAUAAAGUCUUAAAUUUCAUGUAUCCUGAAAUUUGAAAGUUUUAAUAAUCUUAAUUCUAAAUGUAAUUUUGUCUAAACUACAAUUUUUCAUGCAUACACCCAAAAGAGUGCCAUUUUAGACAUUAUUGUCUCCAAUAUACACUUUACUGGUGUAUAAUCUCUAUCAUAUUACUUUCCCUGAAUAUACUUUUAAAAAUAUUUAAAAAGUUAUUAACUCUAGCAGUCAGAGAAGUAUAAAUUGCAGACAGUAGCUGAGUUCAAACUCUCCUGUCAAUGAAAUUCCUGUCAAUGAAAUCUUAAACCACUUCCACGCUGCAAUAUGAUGUUCAAAUGUACUAUCCAUUCAUGCAUUUCUUUUAAAAUGCUAGUGUGGAAAUUAAACUCCUUCAAAUUGUGGUUUUUAUUUUGGAAAGAAUUGGAUGAAAUGCAUAAGCAUAGUAACAGCUCCUUCUGAACUGAUGGAUCUUGACCAAUAGGUUAUACAGAUUGUGACAAAUUGAAGACAAAUAUGUACAAGGAUCAGGAACUUAUAAAAACUGAAGAAAGA